UUAUCCAUUUCCACUUUAAUUAAGAAGCACAAAAAUUAAAUGAAAAGACUGUCAACAAAGAAAAAUGGCUAGUUUUUCCACAUCUUGCUGCUUUGCCAAACCUUCAAUUACACCAAAUAUUCCUCUAAUUUCACACGGUAAUACCAGAACUGAUUAUUACAAGGGAAAUAAUCCACUGAGGCGCCAGAGAUUUAUUACUUCUGCGUCAAAAUCUGGUGGUUUUUCUCUUAAAUCAAUUGUGAAUAGGUGUGAAAAUUGCGGAGGUCAAGGUGCUAUAGAUUGUCCUGGAUGUAAGGGGACAGGAAAGAAUAAGAAGAAUGGGAACAUCUUUGAAAGAUGGAAGUGCUUUGAUUGCCAAGGGUUUGGUAUGAAGAGUUGUCCAGUUUGUGGAAAAGGAGGACUCACUCCUGAACAACGUGGAGAAAGAUAAUAUUAUUAGGUCAAGAAUUCGUUUUUCUUUCUUUUGUUUGUUUUUCUGGGGUGGACCAAAGAUGCUUGUAUAUUUCCUAUCAGAAAUAUUUAAUUUUCUUUGUAUAUUUACUUUUUUUAUA